AACAUCAACUGUUUAUUGCUUUGCUCUCUUUUACAUCUUUGAGGAGCUGUGCCAAGUCCUUAUAUCAAGUACAGAACAUGUUCCUCCUGCUGCUAAUGUUGAGCCUGGAAUUGCAGCUUCAUCAGACAGCAGCUUUGUUCAGAGUGACAGUCCCUAAGGAACUGUACACAGUGGACUAUGGAAGCAAUGUGACCCUCGAGUGUGAUUUUGACACUGGAGGUCGUGUGGAACUUGAAGCACCAAAAGCCAGUUUGCAAAAGGUGGCAAACGAUACAUCCUCACACAGUGAACGGGCCACUUUGCUGGAAGAGCACCUGCCUCUGGGGAAGGCCUUGUUCCACAUCCCCCAAGUCCAAGUGAGAGACGCAGGGCAGUACCGCUGCCUGAUCAUCUAUGGACUCGCCUGGGACUACAAGUACCUGACUCUGAAAGUCAAAGCUUCCUACAAGAAAAUAAACACUUACGUACUAAAGGUCCCAGGGACAGACGAGGUAGAGCUCACCUGCCAGGCUGAUGGUUAUCCCCUGGCAGAAGUGUCCUGGCCAAAUGUCAGUGUUCCUGCCAACACCAGCCACACAAGGACCCCUGAAGGCCUCUUCCAGCUCACCAGUGUUCUGCGCCUAAAGCCACACCCUGGCAGAAACUUCAGCUGUGUGUUCUGGAAUGCUAACGUGAAGGAACUUACUUCAGCCACCAUUGACCCUAAAAGUCAGAAGGAGCCUGAGGUCCCUACGACUUCGCUGCUUCACGUUUUCAUCCCUUCCUGCAUCAUUGCUUUAAUUUUCAUAGUCGCAGUGAUAGUCCUAAGAAAACGGCACUGCCGAAAGCUGUGUUCUAGAAAAGACACAACAAAAAGAUCUGUUACAACAGUAAAGACAGAAGUGAACAUAGCUGUAUGAACCUGUUUCAGGAGCUGGGCAACCUGACAGGAUAGCCUCAAGAGGCUUCUGGACUCUGAACAAGGACCCUUUGGCCUGCAGAGCUUGACAUUUGCACUUUUCAAAUGCCUAUGGAUGACCCAGCACUUUAAUCUGAAGACUGAAACAAGACUAGGCAGCACCUGACCAUGGUGUACUUACAGGAUAUCAAGCGGCCCACCCCAUCACUGAUCCAGGCUGUCACCUCUGCAGCCUGUGGCCCUGAGCACUACUGCACUUUAGAAAAUGACCCCCACUGGAUCCUGGACC